AUGGGGAGCAGAGCAGGGGUUUGGGUUGGGGUGUGCCCGGACUUGGUCUUGCUUAAGAAUUGUAGCAAAGUUUCAAGCUUUCAUGGCGGCAACAACAUCAGCUUAAGCUUUCCUUCAAGAUUUGGUUCAGAUACCAAAUGCCCCACCAGUCUUAAGUGUUUCCCAGUCGCUUCUGCUUCUUCACUCAGUGGCUCCGGUGCCCAAUACACUGGUUCUGAGCAAUUGCUGGAUGUGCAAACAAAGCAGAAAAGGAAGGGAAUAGCUGGCAUUGAUCAAGAUGAAUUGGUGGAUCCUAAAUUUUUAGCUGACCCGGAUAGUUGUUUUUGUGAGUUCAGAGGAGUGGAGAUACACCACAAGGUGUAUGAUGCACAAUCACAGGCACACGAGGCUGAGGCCCUCUCUAGCCAGACUAAGAAUGUUGGUCUUCCUAUGAUUUUAUUACAUGGUUUUGGUGCCUCAGUUUUCUCGUGGAAUCGAGUUAUGAAACCAUUAGCAGAGGUCAUUGGUUCCAAAGUUGUUGCCUUUGAUAGACCAGCUUUUGGGUUGACAUCAAGGGUAAACCUUUUUGGGCAUUCAUCAUCUGGAAAUGGGGAACCAAGACCUAUAAAUCCAUAUUCCAUGGCAUUUGCAGUGCUUGCUACCUUAUACUUCAUUGAUUUUCUAGCAGCCGAGAAGGCAAUUCUAGUGGGGCAUUCAGCUGGUUGUCUUGUAGCAGUUGAUGCAUAUUUUGAAGCUCCAGAACGUGUUGCUGCUAUGAUCCUUGUUGCCCCAGCAAUUUUUGCCCCACGUACUAUUAAAAAGGGUGUCAAGGGAUCUCAAUCAGGAGAAGAUAACCAGACUGAAGAAGAUAGCUCAAAUUCAAUAAAUCUAGGGAAUCCAUUUAUCCAGCUUUUCAGAAUGUUGUCCAAGUUUGCCAAAUUUAUUUCACAGGCAAUAAUGGGAGUGGUGAAGGGGAUGGUAGGCAUGUUUAGCUCUUUGUAUAAGAAAUUCUUGUCAGCUGUUCUACGCUCUGCCUUUGCUGUAAUGCUAGUAAGGAUGGUUAUUGAUAAAUUUGGUGUCACUGCUGUUAGGAAUGCAUGGUAUGACGCGAAUCAAGUCACUGAACAUGUCAUACAAGGUUAUACAAAGCCAUUGAGGGUUAAGGGUUGGGACAAGGCACUUGUGGAGUACACAGCAGCCAUGCUUACAGACACAUCAUCUGAAUCAAAGCCACCACUGGCAAAAAGACUUCUUGAAAUCUCAUGUCCUGUCUUGAUUGUUACGGGUGAUAAUGACCGAAUUGUCCCCUCGUGGAAUGCUGAGAGACUUUCACGAGCCAUACCUGGAUCUUGCCUUGAAGUUAUAAAGCAUUGUGGGCACUUGCCACACGAAGAGAAAGUUGAUGAGUUUGUUUCAAUAGUGAAGAAAUUUCUGUAUAGAGCUUUGGAAGAUUCUGAGGACCAACAUCUACAAGCUGUAGUGUGA